GUGAAGUCCGAUCUGGUGCUUUCAGAGGCAUUGCAAGAUCAAUCAUGGACGAGGAAACGUCAGAAGAGGAACAGAUAAAUUCGGUGAUUGAUAACAUCCUCAGAGAGGACUUCUUGGAGUCUCAUCAAGAGUAUCGAAAAGUGCAGGAGAGUAAAGAGAUUAAUAAUUCCGGAGAAAUUAAUAUGGGAAGUAGAAGAAUUUCCGUGGAAAAUCGUGAAGAUACCUCGAGAUGCGCGUGUAAUCAUGUUGGAGGAAAUGCAAGGAUUCCAGGAAAUAAUGUCCAAGGACACGCGAUAACCUCUGAUGCUGCCGAAAAGUGCGUCGUUGAAAAUUCCGCAAGAUUUUCACUUAGGGUCAUGGAAGCUUUGCGUUCGUUACAGAAGAGAUGUGAUAACGAAACCUUGGCUAGCUCUUCUAUCGUUGAUAUCGUUAAUUACAUUGAGAGUAAUUACGACGACGACGGAGACAUUUACGCUCAGGUGCGAACUGCAUUAUCGCAGACCUGCAAUCAAGGAUUCGUCCUUGAAAUUGGUUUCGAUGAGUAUUACAUGGUGGGACCAUUUGCAAAUUUGACGAAGGACAUCGAUAUGAAAAAUUCUAACGAGACAAUGCAUUCGAGGAAUACUCCAAAACCUGGAAAAAGAAAACGGUGUACUAGUUGUUUCUCUCAAAGGACACCGAAACGUGCAGGAAGAUAUCUCAGGACACGUAGAGAUAUGACAUCGAGCAGAAUAUCUGAAGGACAUUAUCGACAGGAACCUCUUCCUUCGAUUACAUCUCCUACCUCUGAAAUUCUCGCAGAGAGGAACAAUAUUACUACGAAAAGAAUAUUGACAAGUCAAGGUUCCGCUCCGAGUGUCAAUAUUGAGAUGCAGAAUCAUUCUGCACAUUCUUCAGGAAAUCGACACGUUGAAAAUGUAGAGCGAAGAGUUGAUAUGCAGAAUCGUUCUAGACAUUCUACUCAGGAAAGUCGACGUAUAAGGAACGUAGAUCCUCCACUAGGUGUCUGUAAUUGUUGUCGAAGGAAUCCAGAAAUUUGCAGGCAGGAAAAUUGUGCAGCGAGGAGACUGACAGGAGGAAGCGAUGACCCAAGAAUAAUCAAGGGAAAAUUCGAAGACAAUCAACCUGGGGUAGAGGACAAUCCUGGAACCGAAAAUGUUAAAGAAACUCUCAGAAGACGACCAAGUUGCAGGAUAAAUAAAAAUAAUUAUGCACUGCGAAAGAGAAACACUUCUGGAAAGGAUUUCUGUUCUACGUGCAGAAUGAACGGAAACCAGAAUAGAAAGAUUCCUGUCACUAGAUCGAGGUUUAGGGAAAUGAACGCAGGGUUAGGAAAAGAUAGUUCUUACCUUAAACAAUGGAUUCUGGAAUCUCGGAGACGAACUAAGAAGCCUGCCUUGUGAUCUGCAUUACGUCAUGUUAAUG